GCAGGUUUCCCCCGGUCUCCAGUAAAGUGGAGCAGCAGAAGAUCCAGCUCUGAUCAGCAGCAGCUCCACACCUCUGUACUCAGACUGAUCUGCUGGAGGAACACCAUCAGCUCACCUGCUGCAGAAAUGAAUACCAUCCUGUUUCAUCUGUCCUACCUGGAUACAAUUUAGCUUUAAAAAUACAGAUUCAGAAGAUUUCACAAAGAUAUUAAGCUGCUGAACGAAGGGGAGAACAUGGAAUCCAGAGAAAUCUCCAAUACUCAGCCAACAUCCUCUCCUACACCUAGCAGACAAAUCCAGAACAGUACAGAUAAGAAGGGAAGUUACCACUGUUCAGAAUGUGGACAGAGUUUUACUCGACCAGAUAAUCUCCAGCGCCACCAAAGCAUUCACACUGGAGAAAAACCAUACCCCUGUUCAGAAUGUGGGAAUUGUUUCAGUCAGAUGCGCCACCUCCAGCGCCACCAGCGUGUUCACACUGGAGAGAAACCGUAUUACUGUGCAGUCUGUGGUAAGAGUUUUACUGCAGGGAGUACUCUCAAAGCGCACCAGCGCCUUCACAUUGGAGAAAAAGUGUAUUAUUGCUAUGAGUGUGGGACUAGUUUUACUGAACAGAUUCAUCUUAAAACAUACCUGAGUUUUGACACAGAAGAGGAACCAUAUCACUGUUCAGACUGUGGGGAAAGUUUUAUUCAGCCGAGUACUCUCGAUCGACAUCAGUGCAUUCACUCUGAUGAGACACUGUUUCAGUAUUCAGACUGUGGGAGCAGUUAUGAUCAACAGGUUACUCCUCAAAAACACGAGUACAUUUACACAGGAGAGAAACCGUAUCAGUGCUUAGAGUGUGGAACGAGAUUCAAUCAACUGAAUCAUCUCAGAGCUCACCAGCGCAUUCACACAGGAGAGAAACCGUAUCACUGCUCAGAAUGUGGGAUGAGUUUUACUCAAAAGGGUGGUCUCCAAAGACACCAGCGCAUUCACACUGGAGAGAAACCGUAUUUCUGUUCAGAGUGUGGAAAACAUUUCAGAAACCAGAGUAAUUUGGAAUCACACCAGCACAUUCACACUGGUGAAAAACCCUAUUAUUGCUUAGAGUGUGGGAAGAGUUUUUCUACACAGAGUAAUUUCAAGACACACCAGCGCAUUCACACAGGAGAGAAACCGUAUCACUGCUCAGUCUGUGGGAAGAGUUUUAAUACACAAAGUAAUCUCAAAACACAUCUCCGCAUUCACUCAGGAGAGAAACAGUUUCACUGUUUAGAGUGUGGGAAGAGUUUUACUCAACACAUUAAUCUCAAAACUCACCAACGCAUUCACGCACCUAAAAUCAUUUCACAUCCCCACCCAGAUUUAACAAAUUUCUUCCCUGUUAUAGUGUUUAGAUCGGACCCAAAAGAUCCAGCCCAACCCGAAACCUGUACACAGUCUGUUCCACCCAAGCCUGAUCCUGCAGCAACCAAAUGAUUACAGUGUGAUUUGUUACUUUGCUAUAUUAUGAACAUUACACCAUAGCUUUAUAUAAAAUAAAAUAAAAAUAGCAUAAAAAAAAGACUAGGCCUUCAUCACAGACCAUUUUCUUGGACCCAACCUGACAGGGCCUGAGAGAAGUUGUGGGAAAUCUCAGUCCGACCUGGCCUGAGUUCGGGUUGGGCAUCGGGUCAGGCUUGGGCAGAGAAUAUAAACUCUAACUUGUUUAUAAUAUCGGGCUGCAACUAAUGAAUAUUUUAGUAAUCGUCUUAUCUGGUGAUUAUUUUUUCGAUUAGUCCAUUAGUCAACAAUUAUUUCUGCCAUGUCCUCCAUCUCCAAAAACAAUUAAAAAAAGCUGAGCAUGAGAUUUAAAAGGCACUUAAAUGUCUAGAUGUUGUUUAAUUGUGAAAAGUAUUGUUAUUUAGUGACUAAAUAUGUAAUCUGUUGUAUUUAAGCACUUUUGGAAACACAGACUACGGUUGAGUUGAGUGUAAACUGUGUGAAUGGGCCAUUUACCCAUCUUCCAUUGCACUUCUGUUCCCAGCACUUUGUGUAAUGCAGGACUGUUAAAAAUUAACGAUUAGUCGACAACUAAAUUUAUAAUUGACAAAUUUCUUUUAUCGACAUUGUCGAUUAUAUCGACUAAUCAUUGCAGCCCUAGUUUAUACCAUAAGCAGUUUUUGUACCAAUAUGUGUUAUGUGAUUUGUCUUGUACAUUUUAAUUUAAGACUUGUGUAGAGUUAGACUUGUGUACUUAUGAAUUGUUUCCAGUUAAUGUCAAAUGUAUUUAUAUUGUACUUUGCACAGCUGACUUUACAAAGUGGUAUGAAGAAAAAUCUGAUCAAGAGAAUGAAAGUGCAUUUUCUGGUAUUAGAUUAGCGCUGGCUUUUUAAUUAAACCAAAAAAAAAUGUGUUUAAAUAACACUGACAAAUGUACAUGAUAACCAUGCUUGUGUUGGAAGCACAGGUGGAAUUUGCGCUCCGCUUUUACCUAUCCGUGCUACCAUCACUGUGGUGGUUUGCCCGAGCACUUGUAUUGAACCCACAAUUUGUUAUCGAUAGUCGAUUGAUGAGCCACCACUGCGUGCAAUCAGAGAUGUUUUUUGCAUACCAAUGAAAACUCUUUUGUGUGUGCAGCCAUAUUGUCAAUGCAUGUUAUAUGAAACACUAUUUAACGAAGGAUGGGAGUCUGUAUGUUGUCUUUAUUGUUAUAUAAAUUUGUCAUUAAAUGAGUUACAUGAAAUUAAA